GCCACCACCAAGGACACCAUGAGCCAGUUGGGGUCUGUAAGCUGCUGCCCGGGUGCUGCCAAUGGCAGCCUGGGCCGGUCAGACGGUGUGGCCAAGAUGAGCCCCAAGGACCUGUUUGGUGAGUGAGGUUUGCAGACAGGCUGGAUACAACAGGGGAGAGGGCCCACCGCUUUGGCGGGGAAGAACAGCACCCCCAUUCCCAAGGCCGUGCCAAGCCCUGACCGGGUAGCUCGGCUGGUGGGAGACCCAGGCAGCCCUGGGUGCCCAGAGGAGAUCUCUGGGCCCACAUCCACCUACAGCUUCAUAGGUCCUUCCCCAAACUCCUGGCCACUGCGUCCCCUCCCCCACACUGGUAAGGGGAGACGCCUUUACUAAUAAUUCAGGGAGCAUUAAUAUUGAUUCAUCACCCUCCUUGCAGCAACCUGAUCGCAGAGGGGGGCGGGGGCUCAGGCUAACCCAGCUGCCAGGUGUCUGCUCCAGGAGAGAAGAGCCUGGCCAGCCCCUCCACCCAGUUCUGUACUCCCUGACACUCCUCCUAGGACUGCCCCCAGCCUGGACCACUCCCCUCAUUGGUGCUUUGGGCACCCGGACUGGAAAGAAGAAGCCUUGUGAGGGCUGGGGAGAUUUUAGCUGGCAGUUCAUGGGGUGGGAAGACACUCUGGCCCAGGGCCCUCCCUUUGGAAGGUGGAAGCCUCUGGCCCCCAACCCUCUGGGAUGGACAUCCCUGUCACAGGCUGCCUCAUCACCUAAGCAAACCCCUGGCCCUCUCUGAGCUUGGGUCCUUUGCCCAGGGAGCCAUCCUGGGCAGAGGGAAAGGGCUUCCUGUAGACUCUCACUGUGCCCAGGAGGGGCCUCACCAAGUUUUACCCCUGGCUCUUCCCUGUGGCCCCACCUCGUGGGUCCCAUCCUCUGGGGGUGAUUGACUGGCACCUCCCGUUCAGAGCAGAGGAAGAAGUAUUCCAACUCCAAUGUCAUCAUGAACGAGACCUCCCAGUACCAUGUCCAGAGGGCUCUGCCCAGCAGUGACCACCUGCCUACCCCCAGCACUUGGCCACCUUCAUCAUGGACAAAAGUGAGGCCAUUGUGUCUGUGGAUGAUGCCAUCCGGAAGCUGGUGCAGCUGAGCUCCAAGGAGAAAAUCUGGACCCAGGAGAUGUUGCUGCAAGUGAAUGACCAGUCCCUGCGGCUGUUGGACAUUGAGUCUCAGGAGGAGCUAGAGAACUUCCCCCUGCCCACAGUGCAGCACAGCCAAACAGUACUGAACCAGCUUCGAUACCCCUCCGUGCUGCUGCUCGUGUGCCAGGACUCAGAGCAAAGCAAGCCUGAUGUCCACUUCUUCCACUGCGACGAGGUGGAGGCAGAACUGGUACACGAGGACAUCGAGAGUGCGUUGGCUGACUGUCGUCUGGGCAAGAAGAUGCGGCCGCAGACUCUGAAGGGUCACCAAGAGAAGAUCCGGCAGCGGCAGUCCAUCCUGCCCCCUACCCAGGGCCCAGCCCCUGUCCCCAUCCAGCGCCGUGGAGAUUCAGCCAAGAACCGCGUCGGCCCAGCAGCACCGGUGCCACUCAGUGAGCCAAGCCACUACCGCCAGGAGUCGCUGGAUGAGGAGCCGAGGGCUGUGCUGGCUCAGAAGAUAGAGAAAGAGACGCAAAUCCUCAAUUGUGCCCUGGACGACAUUGAGUGGUUCGUGGCCCGGCUUCAGAAGGCAGCAGAAGCUUUCAAGCAGCUGAACCAGCGGAAGAAGGGCAAGAAGAAGGGCAGGAAGGGGCCAGCAGAGGGCGUCCUCACCCUGCGGGCACGGCCCCCCUCUGAGGGUGAGUUUGUGGACUGUUUCCAGAAAAUCAAGCUGGCCAUCAACCUGCUGGCAAAGCUGCAGAAACACAUCCAGAACCCCAGUGCAGCUGAGCUCGUGCACUUCCUCUUCGGGCCUCUGGACCUGAUCAUUAACACCUGCGGUGGCCCAGACAUUGCACGCUCAGUCUCCAGCCCCCUGCUUUCCCGAGAUGCUGUGGGCUUCCUGCGAGGCCACCUGGUCCCCAAGGAGAUGUCUCUGUGGAAGUCACUGGGGGACACCUGGACUCGGCCCCGCUCUGAGUGGCCUCGGGAGCCGCAGGUGCCCCUCUACGUGCCCAAGUUCCACAGUGGCUGGGAGCCACCCCUGGAUGUGCUGCAGGAAGCUCCCUGGGAGGUGGAGGGGCUGGUGCCUGCCCCCGACGUUGAGCCCACUCCAGCAAGCCGACGACUAUCCUUACGAAACUCCCAGAAGCAGAGCCACUCUGUAGAGCCUACACCCCUGGGGGACACUCUACCACCAGUCAGCACCCCACAUGCUCACAGAGGCUACCAGCCAACACCAGCCAUGGCCAAGUAUGUCAGAGUCCUCUACGACUUCACAGCCCGCAAUGCCAAUGAGCUGUCGGUGCUCAAGGAUGAGGUCCUAGAGGUGCUGGAGGACGGGCGACAGUGGUGGAAGCUACGCAGCCGCAGCGGCCAGGCAGGCUACGUGCCCUGCAACAUGCUGGCCGAGGCGCGACCCGAGGACGCCGGCGCCCCCUUCGAGCAGGCCGGUUCGAAAUACUGGGGCCCCGCCAGCCCGACCCACAAGCUGCCCGCAACCUUCGCUGGGAACAAGGACGAGCUGAUCCAGUACAUGGAUGAGGUCAACGACGAGCUGGUCAAGAAGAUCAGCCAAGUCAAGGCGCAGCCGCAGCGGCACUUCCGCGUGGAGCGGCCGCCGCCCGUGCACCUGCCGCUGUCCUACGAGUCCGGCCCCAGCGAGGUCCGCGCCUGGCUGGAAGCCAAGGCCUUCAGCCCGCGGAUCGUGGAGAACCUGGGCGUCCUGACCGGGCCUCAGCUCUUCUCGCUCAACAAGGACGAGCUGCGGAAGGUGUGCGGGGAGGAGGGCGUCCGCGUGUACAGCCAGCUCACUGUGCAGAAGGCAGUUCUGGAGAAGCAGCAAAGCGGGUCCGAGCUGGAAGAACUCAUGAGCAAGUUUCAUUCCAAGAACCAGAGGAGGGUGGAGGACAGCUAGACCUGGCUGCACCGGGCUACCACACCUGCAGGAGGGGAGCCCGCCCCCCCCCCCCGCUGUGGCCCCUCGAUGCAUGGAGUAUUAUUUUUGUACGUGUAUGUAUUUUGUACCAAGGACACUGAUUGGGUGUGGUGCUGGGUGCCCCCCCCCCACCUGGCUGGAGGCACAUGGCCUGUCCUCAGGCUCACUGCCCCAGCUCACACCAAGGCCGACCUCAGCCAAACCUGUGACCCAUGGUGCCAGCCCCUGAUCUGCCUGCCUUGAGGCCACAAGACUCCCCAGAAGGGGUGGGGCCUCAUCCUCUGGUCACCCCUGUGAUGUCCCCUGUCUUCACCUGCCUCCACAUCUUCACCUGUACUCAAUUGCAUCUCCCUGCCCCAGGGUGGGCCAAAGCGCCAUUCUGGCCAGUUGUUAACCUGGCCUCCAAAUGUACCCAGCACACCCACCCAUUGGGCUGCUCCCCAAGGGUGCCCUGGGAGGGGCUCCGGGACAGGGGGCCCAGGGGGCCACGCUGGGCUGGACACAUGUGAUAUUCCUCACCCUGUCAAGGACAGAACAUGCCCUGGACACAGUGCUGGCUUCCAACACCCCCUGCCUCCCAGUCCCACAGAACCCACAAUAGGUACUUUCUCUGACCAAGUCCCAGGCCAACUGAGCACUGCACUGAUUGUGGGGGGGCUGGAUGUCUUGAAGCUCUGGACUGAUAGGCGAGAGGUGGCCAGGGCUCCAAGGCUGGGACAUUAAACCAAUUCAGUCUCUGA